GUCAGCGGCGUCGUAGUCUGACGUCGUGCGGCAAAACUUCUCAACUGAAGAGCCGUCGCAACUGCGGGACUAAAGCAGACUCAAGAGGCGUUUAAGCUAUGAUUUGAAAGUAGUAGUUAUGAAUCUCAAUCCCUUUAAUGUGAGGGACGUUCAUUGAACUUAGCAAAAAAGUGUAUUUUUUAUUUUUUAUUUGCAAAACGGCACAACUUGAAGAAACAAGGUUCAAAAAUGCAGUUUCUUAUAGUGCUUUGUGGCACUCUUGUAAGCGUGUCGUUUUACAGUCAAGGUGUGGCUGGCAGCACUGGGUGCUCUUGUGGGCGGAACCACUUCACUUGUGCAGUGAGUGCCUUUGGGGAGUGUACCUGCAUCCCAGCACAGUGGCAGUGCGACGGGGACAAUGACUGUGGGGAUCACAGUGAUGAGGAUGGCUGCAUGCUGCCCACCUGCUCACCACUGGACUUCCACUGUGACAAUGGCAAGUGCAUCCGCCGCUCCUGGGUGUGCGACGGGGACAACGACUGCGAGGAUGACUCUGAUGAGCACGACUGCCCGCCCAGGGAGUGUGAGGAGGAUGAGUUCCACUGUCAGAAUGGCUACUGCAUUCGCAGCCUUUGGCACUGUGACGGUGACAACGACUGCGGAGACAACAGUGAUGAGCAGUGCGACAUGAGGAAAUGUUCCGACAAAGAGUUUCGUUGUACUGACGGCAGCUGUAUUGCCGAGCACUGGUACUGUGACGGCGACACAGACUGCAAGGACGGCUCCGAUGAGGAGAACUGCCCCUCUGAUGUGAUGGCGGCCACAUGCAGCAUGGAAGAAUUUCAGUGCUCCUACGGCCGCUGCAUCCUGGACAUCUACCACUGCGACGGAGACGACGACUGUGGGGACUGGUCUGAUGAGUCGGACUGCUUUUCCCUCUGCAUUACAGCUUCCCACCAGCCCUGCCGUUCUGUGGAGUUCAUGUGCAGCAGUGGUAUGUGCAUCAACGCGGGCUGGCGAUGCGACGGCGAGUUUGACUGCGAUGACCAGUCUGACGAGAAGAACUGCACCACCUCCAUGUGCACCGCCGAACAGUUCCGCUGCGCGUCCGGCCGCUGUGUCCGGUUGUCAUGGCGAUGCGAUGGUGAAAAUGACUGCUCGGACGGCAGCGACGAGGAUGGCUGUGAGAAAACAGAAAACCCGCCUUGUGCCCCUGACCAGUUCCUGUGUGGAAACGGUCGCUGCAUCGGCCUGCGAAAGGUGUGCAAUGAGGUCAGCGACUGUGGGGAUGGCACAGAUGAGCACCCUAUGCAGGAAUGCGGUCCAAGGUCCAGUGAUGAGAACUGCAGCGUGAACAAUGGUGGCUGUUCUCAGAAGUGCCGCAUGACUCGCGGCAUGGUCCAGUGCACCUGCCACACAGGCUACAGGCUGGCUGAGGAUGGGAGGAGCUGCCAAGACAUGGAUGAGUGUGCAGAGGAAGGCUACUGCAGCCAGGGCUGUAGCAACACGGAAGGGGGCUUCCAGUGCUGGUGUGUGCAAGGCUAUGAGCUCAGGCCUGACAAGCGAAGCUGUAAGGCUUUGGGACCAGAGCCGGUCUUGCUGUUUGCCAAUCGGAUCGACAUCCGGCAGGUUCUGCCACAUCGCUCGGAGUACACGCUGCUACUGAACAAUUUGGAAAAUGCUAUUGCGCUGGACUUCCACCACAACCAGGAGCUAGUGUUCUGGUCUGACGUCACUCUGGACCGCAUUAUGAAGGCAAAUCUCAAUGGCAGCAAUGUGGAGGAAGUUGUGUCCACUGGACUGGAGAGCCCAGGGGGCCUGGCCAUUGAUUGGAUCCAUGACAAGCUGUACUGGACUGACUCAGGCACGUCUCGCAUUGAAGUGGCCAACCUGGAUGGCACGCACCGGAAAGUGCUGCUCUGGCAGAACAUGGAGAAGCCCCGCGCCAUUGCCCUGCACCCUAUGGAGGGGAAGAUCUACUGGACGGAUUGGGGUAACACUCCACGUAUCGAGUAUGCUAACAUGGAUGGUUCCAACAGACGUGUUAUCGCAGACACCCACCUCUUCUGGCCCAAUGGACUGACUAUUGACUACGCUGGACAUAGGUUGUACUGGGUAGAUGCCAAGCACCAUGUGAUUGAACGAGCAGACCUAGAUGGCCGGAACAGGAAAGCGGUCAUCAGUCAAGGGUUGCCCCACCCCUUCGCCAUCACCGUCUUUGAGGACAGCCUGUACUGGACUGACUGGCACACAAAGAGCAUCAACAGUGCCAACAAGUUCACUGGCAAAAACCAGGAGAUCAUCCGCAGCAAGCUGCACUUCCCCAUGGACAUACACACCCUGCACCCCCAGAGGCAGCCUGCAGGGGGCAGAAAUCGCUGCGCCAGCAACAAUGGGGACUGCAGUCACCUGUGUCUCCCCAGCAACAAAACCUACACCUGUGCCUGCCCCACUGGCUUUAAGAAAGUGGACAGCCACAACUGUGCAGAGAGUCUUGACAAGUUCCUGCUUUUUGCCCGAAGGACGGACAUCCGACGAAUCAGUUUUGAUACAGAGGACAAGUCCGAUGAUGUCAUCCCACUGGCAGAUGUCCGCAACGCCGUGGCACUGGACUGGGACUCUCAUGGAGAAUACAUCUACUGGACUGACAUCACUACUGACUCCAUCAACCGGGCCAGAUGGAAUGGCUCCAAUCAGGAGGUAGUUGUAGACACCAGUCUCGAAAGUCCUGCUGGUCUGGCUAUUGACUGGGUGACCAACAAACUGUACUGGACUGAUGCAGGAACUGACCGGAUUGAGGUGUCUAAUGCUGAUGGCAGCAUGCGCACCGUACUCAUCUGGGAGAACCUGGACCGGCCGCGGGACAUUGUGGUGGAUCCUGUUGGAGGAUAUAUGUACUGGACAGACUGGGGGGCGAGCCCUAAGAUUGAGAGGGCUGGGAUGGAUGCCUCAAACCGCAUUGUGAUCAUCUCCUCCAACUUGACCUGGCCUAACGGCCUGGCCAUCGACUACCAGACAGAAAGGCUGUACUGGGCAGAUGCUGGCAUGAAAACUAUAGAGUAUGGCAACUUUGAUGGCUCAGACAGAAGGGUGUUGAUUGGUAGCCAACUUCCGCACCCGUUUGGCCUGACUCUUCAUGAAGACAGGAUCUUCUGGACAGACUGGCAAUCUAAAAGCAUCCAGAGUGCCAACAAGCACACGGGGCUGGACCGGAUCACACUGUCAAGAAACUUGGAGAACCUGAUGGACAUCCACAUGUUCCACCGGCAACGUUCUGUAGUCCAGACCCCCUGCAUGGUGAACAACGGAGGCUGCAGCCACCUCUGUCUCCUGGCCCCAGCCCCUAAGGGCUCUAGCUGUGCUUGUCCCACAGGCAUCAAUCUCCAGGUGGACGGCAAGACCUGCUCUCAUGGAAUGAACAGCUUCCUGGUCUUCGCGAGGAGGACAGACAUCCGCAUGGUAUCCUUAGAUAUUCCCUACUUUGCGGACGUGGUGCUGGCCGUGAAUGGGUCCAUGAAAAACACCAUUGCCAUUGGUGUAGAUCCCAAAGAAGGUAAAGUCUAUUGGUCUGAUAGCACACUAAAGAAGGUCAGCAGAGCCAACAUCAAUGGCACAGAGUGUGAGGAUAUCAUAUCCACCGGACUGAUGACCACAGACGGACUAGCGGUGGACUCCGUGGGCCGGAAGAUAUACUGGACUGACACAGGAACUAAUCGCAUUGAAGUGGCUAAUCUGAAUGGAUCCAUGAGAAAAGUUCUAAUCUGGCAGAACCUGGAUAGCCCACGAGCAAUUGCUCUCUAUCAUGAAAUGGGCUACAUGUACUGGACUGACUGGGGAGAGAAUGCUAAACUGGAACGCUCUGGUAUGGAUGGGUCUGACCGUGUGGUCUUGAUCAACAGUAACCUAGGCUGGCCAAAUGGUCUGGCGAUUGACAAGGCUGGAUCUCAGCUACUCUGGGCUGAUGCUCACACUGAGCGUAUUGAGGCAUCUGACUUGAAUGGGGCCAACCGGCGGACCCUGGUGUCUCCAGUCCAGCACCCCUAUGGGCUCACCCUCCUGGGCCCACACAUCUAUUGGACUGACUGGCAGAGCCGAAGUAUUCAGAGAGCUGACAAAACCACAGGGGGUAACAGCAUCAUUGUGAGGGGGAACCUUCCGGGCCUGAUGGACAUCCAGGCAGUGGACAGGGAGAGGCCUCUGGGUUUCAAUAAGUGUGGCAGGAGAAACGGGGGCUGCACCCACCUGUGCCUGCCCAAUCCCAAUGGCACUUCCUGUGCCUGCCCCACGGGCAUCGUGCUGAAGGCUGAUGGACGCUCGUGCGACGAGAGCCCGGAGACCUACCUGCUGUUCUCCAACCGUGUCAGCAUCCGUCGCAUCUCGCUGGACACCAGCGACUACACGGACGUGCAUGUCCCCGUGCCAGAGCUCCACAAUGUCAUCUCGCUGGACUAUGACAGCGUGGAGGGCAAGAUCUACUAUACUGACGUGUCCCUGGAUGUCAUCAGGCGUGCCAACCUGAAUGGCAGUGGUAUGGAGACGGUCAUCAGCCAGGGUCUGAAGACCACUGAUGGGCUGGCAGUGGACUGGGUGGCUCGCAACAUGUACUGGACAGAUACAGGCCGCAACACCAUCGAGGUCGCUCGUCUGGAUGGUUCUUCGAGGAAGGUGCUCAUCAAUAAUAGCCUGGAUGAACCUCGAGCCAUUACUGUGUUUCCCAGCAAAGGGUACUUGUUCUGGACAGACUGGGGUCACAUUGCCAAGAUUGAGAGAGCACAUCUGGAUGGUUCUGAUCGUAAGGUUCUGAUCGACACAGAUCUCGGCUGGCCCAAUGGAUUGACAUUAGAUUAUGACACACGGAGGAUUUUCUGGGUGGACGCCCACCUGGACAGGAUUGAAAGCUCGGACCUGAAUGGGAGGCUCCGGCAGAUCCUGGUCAGCCCUGUUUCUCACCCAUUCGCCCUCACACAGUUGAAGCCAGUGACUUCUGCACUAACCCCUCUCUUCCAACUCUCGCAGCAAGACCGUUGGAUUUACUGGACGGACUGGCAAACCAAGUCCAUUCAGCGUGUAGAUAAGCAUACAGGCCGCAGCAAGGAGACAGUGCUGGCCAAUGUAGAGGGAUUAAUGGACAUCAUUGUGGUGUCACAGCACCGGCAGACUGGCACCAACCAUUGUGGCGUGAAUAACGGAGGGUGCACACACCUCUGCUUCGCUAAAGCCAAUAGCUUUGUCUGUGCAUGUCCAGAUGAGCCGGACAGCAGGCCCUGUUCCACCAUUUCAGGUUAUGUCCCAACAUCUUCUGGCAAGAGUGUCACAAGCACGCCCUCAACCACAGACAAACUUACCUCCAGUCCUUCAGUAGUUAACUGCACGGACAGGAACUUGAGCCUAGGAAGAUGUGUGAAGAGCAGUGUGAUAACAGUCCCGGAUGGGGAAGGUCUUCACAUCAGCUAUGUUAUUGGAGGGGCACUUACCGUCUUAGCCAUCCUGAUUUUAAUAGCAUCAUUUAUCAUUUAUAGGCAUAAAAAAUCCAAGUACGCUGACUCUGGAGUGAGCAACCUGACUUACAGCAAUCCCUCGUACAGAACAUCGACACAGGAAGUGAAGAUUGAAACUGUGCAAAAACCUCAGAUUUAUAACCAACUGCGAUAUAAGAAAGAGGUUGGCAAUGAUAACAGCUAUACUAAGGAGAAGAUUAAGAUAGUUGAGGGCAUCUGCCUGCUUUCCAACGAGGAGCUGUACUGGGAGGACCUGAAGCAGAUCAAGCCUUCGCGGGGCGGACUCCAUGUAUGCAUGAAGACAGACACUGUGUCGCUCCAAGCUAGCAGCGGCUCCCUGGACGACACAGAAACAGAGCAGCUACUGCAGGAGGAGCAGUCUGAGUGCUCUAGCAUCAACACUGUCCCUAUGGCCACGCCUGAGCGGCACGGGGCGCUGCCUGACACAGGCUGGGCCACCCCCCGCAAGCCCUCCACGGAGAGCGAAGUCUGAGCAGCGCCUCCCAUUACAAACCCAACACUCCCAGCAGGCUGUCAUCUACGCCAAACACCACCUAUCCCCUCCCAGUACUGCUCUCCAUCUCAUUGCUGUCCCCCCCCCCCCACACACACAAAAGACUGAAAAGGCAAUGAACACCUUGGAAAAAAUGAGUGAGUGAACACUGAGAGGAAGAGCAUCGUAAAAGCAUUUUUUUAAGGAAAAAAGUCUUAUUGGAGUGCUCUUCGUGUACGAUCACCUUAUUGUGAACUUUUAAAUGAAAGAUUUUAAUUUGUUCUGGGACUGAGUAACAAAAUUCUCUGUCACCUGUGUUGUGAUUAUAAACUCUAUUUAUGAACUUUUUUGUACUUAUGAGUGAUUUGUUGAUGUAAAAAUAUGGUGAAAAUAAUGGAAACUCUAAACAAUUCAGUAGUUAUUACUUAUCACAGAUAGAUAUCUGUAUUUAUGUCAGUGCCAAAGGUCAGAGCUGUUCAGUCAGUUAAGACCUACUUAUUUCCACUAAGGGUGUUUACGCUACAUUAUGCUCACAUAAUACAGUACUACUAUACUAAAAUUUAAGAGCAGUGUUUUUAAUUUGUAAAUUUGACUUGGCUUUGUGCCAACAAAAUAUGGGUUUAUCCAGAACCUUUCAAGAGCAUAUUGAGUUCUUUCAAUACAUGCCAAAAUGCAAUAGAUAUCUUUAAAACAGCUAUUUUUUAGCAGUUUUAAUGGCGGAAGGUGGGCAGUUUUAAUGAGGUAUAAGUGCCAAACAUUCUCAGUCAUAUUCUUAUCAAAUUGUUAAAUAUGCUACAUUGUGCUGAAACAUCAUUCAGACCUGAUGAUGCAUCUGUGCAUCUGUAAAGUGCCAAGCUUUUACCGUAUCUCCCUCCUGCACAGGAAUGUUUAGUUAUUAAAAUACAGCUGUUUCUGUAAUGAUUUUGUGAUAGUAAAUUGUGAUAUUAGGACUGCAAGAGCUUUAUUCCUAGAUUCUUAGAGCAAUAAAAAGGACAAAUUAAGUUGUUCUUCUGAGGAAACCAGCAUUUGUAUUGGGGGAAAAAACUGGACAAUACCUUUUGUUUGGAGUAUUGAUCUUUGUACACUACAACUCAUUAGAAAAUGCUUGCUAGAAAUACAGUACAUUGGUGGAUCUUUUACACGCUGUUUUAUUCAUCUUUUCCCCUACCCCAAUAGAAUCUUUGUAUAACAGUUACAAAAAUGUAUAAAUUUGCCUGAAUUUAAAUGUAAAAAUGUCAAAGUCAUGUACCGUGAAGUAACUUCAAAUUCAGCACCAUGCUGUUUUGCUGCUAAAAUAGCACUGAGGCCCACAGCUCAUGGUCCUGGCAGCUAUUUAACCUAAGAUCUCUGUAUGCUGGCUCAGGAUUGACAGAGUUUUAGUCUAAAGCUCAUCUGUAAAACUAUUCAGACACAUCCACUUUUUAUUCUCAGACUUAGGUAACUAAUGAUGUUGUAUAAAACUUUUUAACUGUUAAAAAAAUAUCUUGUGUUGCUUUUAUUGUAUAAAGAGUUUUGUACAAAGGGAUUCUUGAUUGUUUUGACAUUUUAAUUUUACUCACUGGAAAGGAACACUUUGCUGGAUUUAUUUAACCACUGUUUGUCUGGAUCCUUGUAAAUGACAGGGGUGAUGCCAGUUAUUUAAUAGUGCUUUUUGUUAUUGGUCACAUAUAACUGUUGUAAAGUUAACUAAAAUAUUUAUAAAUAUUAUAUAUAUUUUUUGUUUUAUUGUCAUUUAAAUUUGUAAAUUUUAAAAGACUGAAUAUGUAAUUCAAUUUGCCAUACUAACAAGCUAUUUGUGUGAUAUAGUGAGAGUAUCCAUUUGCUUUUGUAUAAUAUAAAACUAUUUGCAUUAAAAGAAAAAUAUGGCUUUUUUA